AAAAAAACAGAUAGCAAUAAUUAAUGGGAAGAUCACCUUGUUGCUCAAAAGUUGGACUGAAUAGAGGUCCUUGGUCUGCUGAAGAAGACACUCUGCUCACCACUUACAUUCAACUACAUGGUGAAGGCCAAUGGAGAUUUCUCCCCAACAAAGCUGGUCUGUUGAGAUGCGGGAAGAGUUGUCGACUGAGGUGGAUGAAUUAUCUUCGGCCGGGACUAAAAAGGGGGAAUAUAAGCGAAGAUGAAGAGGAUUUGAUCGUACGGCUCCACGGGAUUUUGGGAAAUCGAUGGUCUCUGAUCGCCGGCAGAUUGCCGGGUCGAACCGACAACGAGAUCAAGAACCACUGGAACACAUACCUUCUCAAGAAACUCAAGAACAACAAAGAUUCUCCCGAAUCUCCAAAAACAAAGAAAUCUACCGCCACCGCCGCCAAAGGCAAGAAGAAAAAGAAACCGAAGAGGAAGAAGAAGAAGAAUAUAGUAAAGGUUGACGAGGAUAAAAUCGGCAAUAACGAGAAAUUAAUAGAGUUGAGUGCUCAAAGUAAAAAUGAAAGUAAUAAUCCUCCUAAGAGUAAGGUGUAUAUGCCGAAGCCGACAAGAGUUUCGCCUGGGUUCUCAUAUGUGCCGCCGGUGGAGGAGUUGCCGCAGCUGUUUGGGGUUUUUGGUGGCGACGGAGAGGAGGAGGAAUUUGAUCUCGGCGGUGGUUAUAUUCUGCCGAUGCUCCGCCCCUCGGAUUCAUUAAUACCCAGUGAAGUGGACAUGCUGGAGAAAGUUUACAAUGAAUAUCUGCAGCUUCUAUAAACCAACAAA